AUGGUGUCAUCUGGAUAUCAAGAAGGCAUGGCAGAUAAUAAGCCGCACUUUGGAAAAACUCCCGCACUGACCCCUCCCUUCAGCUAUUUGACCAGAGUUGAGAGACGCCUCGCAAACGUGGAGCGCCUAUUUCACCAGCUACUCCCUGAUGUUGACAUCAAUGAAGCCCUCGCGUCGCGGGAUGUGGAAGUACCGGCAGACGCAUCCCAACCGAAUACAUCUGUGUCGCCACUGAUAAAUCCUUCAUCACCUGAUACUCCAGUCCAGGCCAGCGGUGCCAUUUCAGAUGCAGUGCCUGCAGAAAGCGAUGGCUUCGAUUGGCAGGAAGACGUGGACGAGCUGACUGAUGGGAUGGCUUCGUUGUCCGUUGAGCCAAGAGGGGCUGGGUACUUGGGACCGACUGCUGGUGUCUUUUUCCUCAGAUCACUACUCCUCUGGACCGGUCAUUCGAGGCCCUUCAUGGGCAAUAGUCCCGAAGUUCAACGACCCUACGCUGGAGUAGAAUCUUCGUCCCAGUUAUCUAACUCGGUCACAUCAAGACAGGUUAUCGAACAAUUGGUGAAUGGCUAUUUUGAUGUCUACCACCGCAGCUAUCCUUUCGUGCACGAACCCACCUUUCGAGCCCAGCUUCACGAGGUCAUACAGCGACCAAAUCAACGCUCAUGGCAGAUGCUGCUCUAUACCAUCAUGGCACUAGGAGCGUGGUGCCUUAACAAUGACAACGCUGAACUCGAUGAUGAGCUUUACCAUCUCGCGCUCUCGUUUGGGGAUGCCGAGUGCUUGUUCGCAAGCGCAGAUUUGACCUUUGUCCAAGCUCUCAUCCUGUUUAGCAAUCUAAGCCAGAAGCGUAAUAAGCCCAACACCGGAUCUAACUUUCUCGGGCUCGCGACACGAAUGGCUCUGAGUUUGGGUCUUCAUAGAGAGUUGCCGGAGUGGAACAUCAGUCUCUUGCAGCGAGAGAUGCGCCGUCGUGUUUGGUGGGGGCUGUAUAUGUUUGACAGUGGUGCUUCGACGACCUUUGGAAGACCGAUCCUUCUCCCGGGUGAGGAAGCCAUGGAUGUGCGACCGGUUCUUAAUAUUGAUGAUGGAGACCUUACGAGUGGGACAAAAGUCCCCCCAGAAGAGGUAAAUAGGCCGACGCUGUACUCAGGCAUGAAGUAUCAGAGCUAUCUACAUGUCAAAUCCAACUACAUCUCCAAUCGCCUGCUCUCAUCAUCAUGUGUGGCACCAGAAGACGCGCUAUCCAUGGAUGCAACACUGGACAAGUGGUGUAGCACAUUACCAGAGUAUCUCAGGCUGGAUCAUCAUGUGCCAUCAGCUGAGCCUGCGUUCUUCUUCAACAGGUCACGCCUGUGGUGGCGCUUCUGGAACCUCAAGAUCAUCAUCUUCCGCCAGCUGUUUCUCAACCGAGCCAUUGGCAGGGGAAAUUCUAGCAUGGCGGUACCAGAUAAUGAGGUCGAUGAAAGGUGUAUGGGCAUUGCGAUACGCGCUGCGAGUGCGACGAUAGCGUCGAUUGAUCAGUAUACCAAGGAGAGACAGAGAACCAGGCUUGUGACUUGGUACUCCAUCUAUUUUACAUUCCACGCUUCCUUGGUCAUCGUCCUCGCUAUCCUCAGCAACUUAGAAUCACCAGACAUGCCCAAGUGGCAGGACGACGUCAACACGGUCCGCCACAUCUUCCGAGGAGUAUUUACAAACAAUGAGCUCGCUACUCGCUGCGCCAACAUCAUCGACGUUAUCUUGCCAGACCCUCUGUUGACAACGAGUGAUUGGGCAAAUGUCCAGCUCGAUCCCAUGCUGAUGGACUUUUCGACGUGGCCGGCAGCUUCUGCUGAUGAGUUUGCCAGUGUUCUUGGCUGGCCUGACUGGGCUAAUUUUAUGCAGUAG